UAUAAUAUACACAAUUAAUUAAACUGUCGGUAACGGGUUAUAACGAUGGAAAUAGUAUUUAGUUAGACUACCCGUUACUGACAAAUAACGUUUAUUUCAACGACGUUAUUCCCAUCACUGAAACUGAAGGACGAGUAAAGUCCUUUGUUGCAAUAUACAGGUUCACCGUUUGAGGUCGCCAAUACUUGGAUAACAGACGUUGGAGUUGUGUAGCUGAGGUACUAAGAGGAGCAGCAGCAUCAGGACACGUGACCGACCUGUCUGCUGCUGGCGAGUGGCGAUUGACGCGUAAUAGCAGAUUUUUUUUAAUUUUGUAUAUACAUAGUUUUCUAUAUACUGUAUAUAAUGAGCUUGCUGUGUGGGCACAAGACCCAGGGCCCUCGGGAAAAGGUGCUGCCCACUGCUGCUCAUUUAUCUCAACCACAGAAACAAAUACAGGCCAGUGCAGAACAGAUUCAGUUUGCCCAGAUGAUCUAUGAUAAGAAUGACUCAGAUUUUGAGGACAAAGUUAAUCAGUUGAUGGAGGUGACCGGGAAGAACCAGGACGAGUGCAUGGUAGCUCUUCAUGACUGCAAUGAGGAUGUCAGCAAAGCCAUUAAUUUCCUCCUGGAGAGCAGUUCUGACAUGACCUCAUGGGAAACAGUAGGAAAGAAGAAGGCUCUUUUAAAGGAUAGUCUCUCAGAGAGCAAAGAAAACAAAGAGAACAGGGAGAAGAAAGGAGAGCGAGAGGUCAGCAGAGGCCGUCCUGCUGGCACCCGUAAGGGCAAGGCCUCAAAUCGCACCCGCCAAGCACGUCCUGAAGAGAAUGGUGUGGAGGUGACCCUCGUGGACAGAGGUUCCGAUCGAGGUCGAAGGCUCAGAGGUGGCAGAGGUGGGUAGAAGCACCAAAAAACUUCAAGUAUUUUUUUAAUUCCACUUCACAGUACGUGGAAGCUUUAGUACCCAAUUUUUUUAGUAUCCCAUUUCAAUGAAUUUUUUUUGUAUUAAAAGAUAUCACGAUAUGGCUAGGUAAUAAUGUGUGAUUGCUGUGGUCAACAUUGUGAUUUGGGACAAUUGUAUUCACUAUAUUAAAAAUAAAUGGAGUCUACCUCCUCCAUUGUUAAGGAUUGCAAAAAAACAACAAUUUCGAGUGUGUAUUUCUCAAAUUAAAACUUACAACAUCAAACGUGGUUGUUUUAAAGUACUCUUAUUUUCAAAGGCUGUUGUACUUUAUGAUGCAACUGGAAGGUCUUUGCCUUUGG